AUGCAGGCUAUUGGUACGAUGCUUAAUGUGAUUACAUGCACCCUCAUGAUCAUUGGAUUCAUCACUGCCACGCAACCUCAAAAUGUAGUUAGUUUGGAAACUGAUGUUAAGAGCUUUGGAGCUGUAGGAGAUGGCAUCAGCGACGAUUCUUUGGCACUUAACAAGGCAUGGGAUGCAGCAUGUAGUUCGACUGGACAAUUUAAAUUACCUGAUGGAAACUUUCUUGUUCAACCAUUGUCUUUCACGGGUCCAUGCAAAGCUCCAACUGUUGUCGUCACUGUCGUAGGGACUCUUGUAGCACCACCAAAGAACAAGUGGAUUAAUAACACCGAUACUUGGCUUAACUUUCAACACAUUGAUAAUCUUGUUAUAACAGGACCUGGACGAUUUGUUGGUCAAGGGCAAUCUGGUUGGUGGGACUCUUGCAAACAGACUAGCACUUGUGAAAAUAACCCCACAGCUCUGGGAUUUCACCAUUGCAAUGGCCUUCAAUUUGCAUAUGCCUCACGUGCCAUUUUGUAA